GUUAGUUUACCCAACCAGAUCCCCCCAAACCUACUUUUCCCCUUCACAAAUUAAUCUUUACGCUUUCCUCCUCACUAUCUCCACCCUAACUCCGCCGCAAACCCUCAUCCCCUCCGGUUGCUUUCGCUCGAUCUCUUACGUUUUAACUAUGGCUGACGACGAGCCUGUAGAUCCAAAGAGGGAGCUUGAAGACCGAUGCAAGGCACCAUGCACAAGGCCACUUAAAGAAUAUAAGGCUUGUGCUAAAAGAAUUGACGGUGAUGAUUCUGGACACAAACACUGCACCGGACAAUACUUUGACUACUGGCGCUGUGUUGACAAAUGUGCUGCCAGUAAGCUAUUUUCUCAUCUUAAGUAAAAAGAAAACCUCAAUCGGUAUUUCCUAGAGACAAAUUACCCUUUUCGUCCUUUAAAAAAAACCCUAUAGCGAUUCAUUUUGUUGCGUUUUUCGCGACGAAUUGAUGAUGGCUAUGCAGAUAACUCCUUGGCUACAUUGAUUUUGUUGAGAUUUGGAGACUUUGUGGUAUCAAUAAAGAAAAAAUAAGAAUUGUGGUAUUGAGUUUAAUAUGCCUUUUUUGCAAGUUUGAGAUUAUUGUGAUUUGAUUGGUCUAAAUUAUAUUUGGUACUACAUUAUUUAAGAGUUGAUUAGCUUAUUUUA